AUGGGCACCCAAGGAGACCGAAGACCAAAUUGCUACUCGAUUCACCUUGGAAUCCUUCCCCUCCUGGUGCUUGUCUUAGUCUUCUUUAGCUACCACUUCCUGAGCCUCAGAAGCCAGGAACUGGAGGACUCAGGAGCUGUGACUAGGAUGACCUAUCCCCAGCCAAAGGUGCUAACACCCAGUAGGAAAGACGUUCUUGUCUUGACUCCUUGGCUGGCUCCCAUCAUCUGGGAGGGAACCUUCAAUAUUGACAUACUGAAUGAGCAGUUCAGGCUUCAGAAUACCACGAUUGGACUGACUGUGUUUGCCAUCAAAAAGUAUGUGGUAUUCCUGAAGCUGUUUCUGGAGACGGCAGAGCAGCACUUCAUGGUGGGACACAAGGUCACCUACUAUGUCUUCACUGACCGGCCAGGUGAUGUUCCACAGGUGCACCUGGGGACAGGACGGCGUCUGGUUGUGCUAACUGUGCGCAAUUACAGCCGCUGGCAGGAUGUGUCCAUGCAUCGGAUGGAGAUGAUCAGCCAUUUCUCAGAGCAGCGCUUUCUGCAUGAGGUGGAUUACCUGGUCUGUGCAGAUGUGGACAUGAAGUUCCGUGACCACGUGGGCGUGGAGAUUCUCUCAGCGCUCUUUGGCACCCUGCAUCCUGGCUUCUACAAUAGCAACAGGGGAGCUUUUACCUAUGAGCGCCGGCCAAAGUCCCAGGCUUACAUCCCCUGGGAUGAGGGAGACUUUUACUACAUGGGGGCCUUCUUUGGGGGGUCAGUGGUAGAGGUGCACCAUCUCACCAAGGCCUGCCAUGAGGCUAUGGUGGAGGACAAGGCCAAUGGCAUUGAGGCUGUGUGGCAUGACGAGAGCCAUUUGAACAAGUACCUGCUCUACCAUAAGCCUACAAAAGUGCUGUCCCCAGAGUACAUGUGGGACCAGCAGCUGAUGGGCUGGCCAUCCAUCAUGAAGAAGCUGAGAUAUGUAGCUGUGCCCAAGAACCAUCAGGCAAUCAGGAACUGAUAGCUGCGUUCCCACUGGAGAGGCCAGGCCUAUAGCCAGGGCACAUGAGGCUGGGUUGGAACUGGAAGGAUUUGAGAGACAUUGCUAAGUGUCACCCUCCACCCCACCACAGAGUCCAGCAGGCCCAGCGCCACUUGGCUAGCCACACACUUGGGUCCGUCCCUGGAGUAUCAACCACCUUCAGCUCCCCCUGUGUGCCUAAGCUCCUUGUAUUCAGUGAUAUGGUAGACACAGACUUCAGAACGUGGGCAAAA